AUGGCCUCUGCCGCGACCUCGUCGUCGCGGCCAGGCCCUCUUGCAGCCUCCCGUCCCGCGCAAACAUCGAGCCCCCGGCCCUCCGCAGGCGGCCCUUCCUCGCGACCACCGCCCUCGCGCAACAGCAUCACCGAUCCCAUCCUCCGAAACACCCUGCGAUACACAAUUUCCGCGAAGGAGUAUGCCACUCUGCACAAGUACGUCUUGUCGCGCUCGCGCCUGCUUAAGAGGGCUGCGCCGAGCGUUACUGCCGUCGAGCGCAUCGUCGAUGGUGACAAGGCCGCGGCUACAAGGCAAGGGAAUGCUGCUGCCGCUGCUCCCGCUGGUGCUGGGGCUGGUGCCGGGAGAGCAGUGGACGAUUACAAUGCCCGCGCCGUGCGGCAUUCGCUUCGCGUCUUCUUGGGAACAGCUAUGGCGUUGAAAGGCUGGGCUCUUAUCUCGACCAAGUUCCUGGGCGGGAAGCCAGAUCCCAAUGCCAAAAAGCAACCCCUCCACAAGUCGCCCACCCUCCGACUCUCCCUCUCCCUUUCGGCUAUCCUCCUUCUCUACCGCAUCCUCUUCCGAUUCCUCAACCGCCUACGUGCGCACCUUCUCGACCCAUCAGCGGCGCCCUUCCGCCAGCGCAACCCGCGCACAACUGCGACCUUGACGUCCCCCUUCGCUCCGGCCAUUGGCGCCUCUCUCGCUGGUGCUUUUCUGGGCGUGUAUCCCGCCCAGCAGCUGCGCGUCACCAUUGCAAUUUACACCCUGUUCAGAGCCCUCGAAUUCGGCUGGAACUUGUGUGAAGAGGAGGGCAUGAUUUGGGGCUUCAAGAACGGCGGAAAGGUCAAGAGGGAGAGACCUUGGUGGUGGGGUAGCUGGCUCAUCCAGCCUUUUGCUUUUGGACAGCUGCUUCACGCUGUUGUCUUUGACCGGGAUUGCUUCCCAGAGGAAACACUGCCGCCAACGCUCAGUGCUGUUGCGCCUUUGACUUCAUCAGCACAUCCCAUCAUCACUUCGCUAUCAUGCGCUACUCUUCAUCCAUCCGACCCAUCUUGUCUACGAACGUACCUCAACUUCUGGCUGGGUUCUUUCCCUGGCCUCACCAAAUUCUUCCUGGUUAUUUACUCCGUCAUGACCUUUGUUCCGCGGUUCCGCUCGCUGUACAACGCUCCCGUCACAACAUUGCAGCGUGUCAUCGCCAAGUCGUUGCGUAUGAGCACCUUCUUGACGGGCGCCAUCUCCACUGCCUGGGCCAGCAUCUGCUUUUUCCAACAGUGGUUCCCCCGCACAUUCCUGCCGACUCAGAGGUUCUUCUUUGGAGGCUUCCUCGCCGGUCUCUGGGCGUGGGUUGAGCGCAAGAGCGGACGUGGUGUCUUCCUGUAUUCGGCCCGUGUGAGCGUUGACUCUCUGUGGAAGGUCGGCGUGAAGAGGAGGUGGUGGAAGGCCAUGAAGGGCGGAGACGUGUGGGUCUUUAUCAUGGCUUUGAUGCUGACUGGUGUUGUCUACGAAAGAGACGCGAGGGCCGUCAAGGAGGGCAGCUGGAGAAAGGGCAUCAGCUGGGUCCGGGGUGAGGGCUUCAAGGAUUGGAGCAUCGAAGAGGAGCCCGAGGAUGAGGCACUGUUGGAGAAGACCGACUAG